GCGGCUCAGUUGCCGUCAGUUUCCGUCGGCACCCGACCUCGUGCAGACAUGCAGAGCCGUUCGCUUACCAUGAUUUUCGCCCUGGCGACGUGUUGCGCGCUCGCGUACAUCACCGCGAACACCGCGGAGGCCGCCGCCGAUGCUUUCAAAGUGAAUACGGUCUACGUACCGGAGGGCUGUACCGUUAAAUCGAAAAAAGGAAACCAGCUGACGAUGCACUACACGGGUACUCUGACCGACGGUACCAAGUUCGACUCGAGCAUCGACCGAGAUCAACCGUUCACCUUCCAGCUGGGCGUGGGCCAGGUGAUCAAAGGAUGGGAUCAGGGACUGGUUGACAUGUGCGUCGGCGAAAAGAGGCAACUUAUCAUCCCGCCGGAAUUGGGAUACGGCGAUCGCGGUGCCGGAAAAGUUAUUCCCGGAGGAGCUACUUUGUUGUUCGACGUUGAGCUAAUCGACAUCAGCGAUUCACCCCCAACGACCAACGUCUUCAAGGAGAUCGACGCUAACAAAGACAACCAACUGUCCCGCGAGGAGGUGAGAACAAUGGUCAGCGAAUACUUGAGAAAGCAAAUGGUCGAGGCGGAACAAGCCGGCAGCGAAGGCGACGGCGACGAAGUCAAGAAAAUGCUAGCUGACCACGACAAACUCGUCGAGGAGAUAUUCCAGCACGAGGAUGGUGACAAGAACGGUUUCAUUUCCCACGAUGAAUUCAGCGGACCAAAGCACGACGAGCUUUGAAGCCAGUAAUUAACAAACUUAAUUAAUCGCGUCGUAUAUACUGACCACCGAACGGAGGGGCUGCGACGCUUCUUCGUCUCGACUUUCCACUUCGCAUCGCCGAGCUUUAUAUAUGCAUACCGAAAACUUUGGCGAGCUUCCGAGACACGAUAUUAUAUUGAAUUACCUCCUGACCAGAUGCAACGAAAUUAAAAAAGUCGCCACGCCCACGAGUAAUCGAAUAUUAAUACAGAUGUAUAAAUGCGUACACAUCGCAUGUAUAAAAUCGUCGAGUCGCGGAUGCUGUAAAUUUCUAAAAAACUACGUGUCAAUUUCAAAAUAUUACGUCACACCGCUGUAUAACGAACGAUGUCAACGAUUGGUCGAUCGCGGUUUCGCCGUGAAUCGACGACCGAACGAUCAAGAGAGAGAGAGAACAAAAAAAAAAAAAAAAAAAACUAUGAAUGAACAAACCUGUCCCAGCAUUCCGAAGUGAUGAAAGAACGAAGGGUUGAAAAAAAAAAAAAAAAAAAAAAACUUAUAGGGAAAAGGGUUGAAAUUGUAUAUUAAAUCGAAAUCUUAGUUUUUGCGACGCGAGACAAUCAAUUAUCAUUAUAGGUAUAUUAUAUAAAAUAAUUAAAA